AUGGUCAGGACUGUUCCGGUACCAGAACCACGUCCCAUCAGAUAUUACCAACAGAAGCUUCAGUCAAACUUCCAGGACACGUUUCUGGUUACAACACAGGGGUGGGCAGCAGAUGAACAGCGUCUGGUUGAUAGCUACACAGAGCUGUACAUCACAGCUGGCCGGGACGUGCACGUCAACACACAGCAUGAGGUCCUACAGAUUGACAAGGUGUGGAAGCCAUCAGACACAGAGACACCGAUCCAACCCAGAGACAUUUUCGAGCAUCCUUCUGGAAAAGACAUACCCAUCAGAACAGUGCUGACCAAUGGGAUUGCAGGGAUUGGAAAAACAUUCCUCGUGCGCAAGUUUAUGUUGGACUGGGCCGAAGAAAGAACCAAUCAAGACGUGCAUCUUAUUUUUCCAUUCACUUUCCGUGCCCUGAAUUCACUGCAGGGAAAAGAGUUUGGUUUGGCAGAGCUCAUUCAUGUCUGUAUCCCAGAAACUAAAGACGUCACAGUGGAGGCUCUGAAUUACAUCUUUACAGCUCUGCAGUCAUCAGGAAACAGCAGCUACCAAAAGAGCAGAUUCAAACUGCUGUUUGUGUUUGAUGGACUGGACGAGAGUCGCCUGCAUCUGGACUUUGAUGUCAACAUCAUUCCCUCUGUGGACAUAACAAAGUCAACGAAAAUAGAAGUCCUGCUGAGGGAACUGAUCAGUGGAAAACUGUUGCGCUCAGCUCGCCUCUGGAUAACCACACGACCUGCAGCAGCCAAUCAGAUCCCUUCCGACUGUGUGGACAUGGUGACGGAGGUCAGAGGGUUCACCGACCCACAGAAGGAGGAGUACUUCAGGACAAGAUUCAGAGAUGAGAAGCAGGCUAACAGCAUCAUCUCUCACAUGAAGAAGUCACGAAGCCUCCACAUCAUGUGCCACAUCCCAGUGUUCUGCUGGAUCACUGCUACAGUUCUGGAGGAGCUGCUGGAAACCAGAGAGGAAGAGGAGCUGCCCAGAACCCUGACUGAGAUGUACACAGAGUUUCUAAGAUUUCAGAUUGACCACACAAAAGAAAAGUAUGGUCGAGAGAAGCGCAUUCAGUACAUUAAGUCAUUAGCUAAACUGGCUUUUGAACAGCUGCAAAAGGGCAACCUGAUCUUCUAUGAGAGAGAUCUGAGAGAAAGUGGCAUCAAUGUAAGUGAAGCCUCAGUGUACUCAGGAGUGUUCACAGAGAUCUUCAAAACAGAGCGAAGACGGAAACAGGAAGACAAGAUUGACUGCAAUCUGUCAGAGAGAAGCUGUGGAGCUCUGUCCUCAGUCCUCAGCUCCCAGUUCUCCAGUGUGACAGAGCUGGACCUGACUAAUAACAACCUGCAGGAUUCAGGAGUGGAGAGUCUUUCUGCUGGACUGGAGAGUCCACACUGUAAACUGGAAGCUCUCAGGCUGUCAGGCUGUCUGGUCACAGAGGAAGGCUGUGCUUCUCUGGCCUCAGCUCUGAGCUUGAGGACCUCAAAUCUGAGAGAGUUGGACCUGAGCUACAACCAUCCAGGAGACUCAGGAGAGAAGAUGCUGUGGGCUAAAGUGGAGGAUCCAGACUGUAGACUGGAAACUCUCAGGGUGACGCCUGCUGGAGUCCGAUGGUUGACACCAGGUCUGAGGAAGUAUUCCUGUCAACUCACAGUCGAUACAAACACAGUAAACGGAAACCUCAAACUGUCUGACAACAACAGGAAGGUGACAUUUGUGGAGGAGGAUCAGUCGUAUCCUGAUCAUCCAGACAGGUUUGACUACUGGAAACAGCUGCUGUGUGAAACUGGUCUGACUGGUCGCUGUUACUGGGAGAUGGAGUGGAGAGGAGAUGUUUAUAUAUCAGUGAGUUACAGAGAAAUCAGAAGGAAAGGAGUAAGUGAUGACUGUGUGCUUGGAGGUAACGAUCAGUCCUGGAGUCUGAUCUGCUCUGAUCUUCAUGGUUACUCUGUCAGUCACAAUAGCAGUAAAACAUCCAUCAGGUCCUCCUCAGUCUCUCACAGAGUUUCAGUUUAUGUGGACGUUCCUGCUGGAACUCUGUCCUUCUACAGAGUCUCCUCUGACUCUCUGAUCCACCUCCACACCUUCAACACCACAUUCACUCAACCUCUCUGUCCUGGAUUUGGGGUCUUGUUUGGUUCCUCAGUAUUUCUGUGCUGAGUUGAGUCUCCAGAGUCUCCUCCUGGUAGAGAAACAGUGUUGAACAGAUAGUUGAGUCUCUCCAUGACUCUGUCCCUCACAAACAUGUUUUCACAUUCAUGGAUUAAAUGUGUUUCUUUGUAAAAUCCUUCUAAAUGAUUCCUUGUAAACUUGUUCCUCUUCAAAGAUGUGAGUAGUGAUUAUUCCAGGAGCCAAAUGUGGUGUUUGUGUCUUUUUCCAGUCAAAUGUUCAGUGAAAAUCAGGAUGUGUUCCUCUGACGCUCACUUGAACUAAAAGCAUUUGAGCUGCACAAAGUGUGAAAUGAGAGAGGAAGCAGUGAAUCUCCAAACUGCUGACAGACUUUCACACAUUAUUGUCCAGUGAAAAUCAUGUUUUUGUGCAGCCAGACUUGAUCCUGAUUUGAGUCUUUAAGUCCUGUUCUAGUGAUGAAAUGAGAACUUCCUUCUUGUGUGUGAUGGAGAAGAAUAAAGG